CUUAUCGCUAAGCUCAGGGCUCUUUUGGGGACCAAAGGUCUUUCUUCGGAAGAUAUCGACAUCGAGGAAGUCCAACGGAUUAUGGAAGAGUACCAGUCCGAUGAGGCAGACUGGGCCCAUCUUGCGCUCCACGACCCCAGCCGCAACUACUCUCGUAACGGAAUCCUCAACAUCAACGGCAACGCCAACUUGCUCAUGUUGGCAUGGACUCCUGGCAAGUCCAGCGCCAUUCACGACCACGCCAACGCCCACUGCUGCAUGAAAAUCCUCGACGGAGAACUCACCGAGUCGUUGUACGACAUUCCCGAGGGAGAGGGCCAGUUGGUGCCCAAAAAGAACACGGUGUUGCACAGAGACGUGGUGGGAUACAUUUCCGACGACAUCGGACUCCACAAGAUCUCCAACCUGGGCACCAAGCAGGCGGUUUCGCUCCACUUGUACACGCCUCCAUACGCCUCGAUGUACGGGUGUUCGAUGUACGAGGCUGGCAACGGCAAGAAACACCAUGUGGAUAUGAGCAAGUACUACAGCUGGCAGGGCCAGUUGGUCAACGCCAAAGGCGGAUCCACCUGUUAG